AUGGCUAGAACCCCAGAGUUUCGAGGUGUAGUCCUACUGGAGGUCUUUGUAGGGGAGGAACACAACCAGUAUUUUGCAGCCCAUUCGGCUGAUCAACGAGAUGAGUGGGUGGCUCUGUUACAGCAAGCCAGCUAUGAGAGUUUACGAGGCCAGUUGAAAAGCCUACGUGGUCAGCUAAUUGCAAGGACAGGGCGUGAUCCAAUUAAUGAACAGCGACAUGGUAUCCUGGAUUUGGGUGAUCCCAUGGAUAUACAGCAGGUUGAGCCCAUGCUAGAGAUGUCAUUAGCUUGCUCAAAUCUUCCCAAGACCAUGUCUGGAAAAUCACCUAGUACAUUUAUUACAAUUAGUGUUGUUACUCCUCCUGAAACUGAAUGGACCAAGUGUGGACAAACUGAGAUUAUUGAAAACAAUACUGAUCCAUUUUACCUUAUGACUGUAGUAUUUGAGGCUAGUAGUCGAGUGUCUGUAAUAACAAGGUUACGUGCUACAUUAUAUGAAGUUCGUGAUCGACCAAAUGGGGCUGUGAUGCCAAUGGGUAGUGCUCUCUGCUCCUUUAGAGACAUUGUUACAUCACCUGAGAACCGACUAGAGUUAAGUAUUAUGUCAGCUGAUGGCAGGUGUAUAGGAGGCAGUAUAACACUAUUCCUUUGGGAGCUGGAUCUCCCAACUCCACAAAAGACUACUAUUGCAAAAGAAAAGAGCGUGACAAAUGACUUGCCAUGUAAAAGGAGUAGUACCCGCAAAAAGCGGUCACUAUCACUAGCUCAGGAUAACUUGUCUAAGGCUUUGUACUGUUGCCCCAUCAGUAAAACCUAUCGCUAUCCAGAUACAGAAGGCAUGAUUGUUGUUGUACAAGAAGUUAUGGCAGAGAGCAAACUCAGCUUCUACUUACCCCAGCAGCUCAUGAAAUUAUAUUUACAAGAAGAGAAAAAUUGGUUUGAAGAGUUGGACAGUCUAACUAAUCUAAAUGAAGAAUCAGAAGCAGCAAGAAAAGAAGUUAUUGCUGAACAUGUCAAACUCAAUGCAAUAUAUAGAGAUACGUUAGAAUUCUUUAAUAAUUAUAAAGGUAUUCAAUUUAAGCGGAGUAUGGACAAAACAGACAAACAAUUAGAAUUUGUUCCUACCAACCUUCACUUACAAAGGUUGAAUGCUGAAGAGAAUACCUGUAUGACAGAUAUUAAAGAUGUGUCUUAUGAUAUUAUAACAUUUGGUGCACCUGCAGCUCAUUCACAUAAAUUUCGACAUGGAGGACUUCGCAGGAUGCUGCAGCAAACCCCAGAGGACCCACAAUUUGCAAUACGGCCGCGAAGUCAUUUACCUAAUGCCAAGGAUGCUAGCUUACAGCUAGCCUCACUCAAGGAAGCGAUAGAUCAACAACUAGAUAAAGUGCUACAAGCUGCAGAGGAGCUUUCAGUUGAUGCUGUUAAAUGCUCACUGGUGGUGCUCAAUCAAAAGCUCUGUAAAUUAUUAGGACACCAAAGGUUUUGCUGUUGUGGCAGCACAUUUCUUCAAGAGUUCAUCAUAACAUGUGACACCGCAUAUUUUGAGUCUACUUUUGCUGCAUACAAAAGUGCUGUAGAACCUAAACAAGAUGCUCAAACUGCCAGUGAAGCAAGCACUUUAUCUAUUGAGUCAACACAAUCCAAGACAAUUACUCCAGAAGACAAAUGGACUUUUGAUGGUGUUGGCUUUGUUAGAAUUGAUUCCGAGGAGAGGGCGAGACCUGGCACAUGGCAAGGAAUGAAACACCAGAUUGAGGAUUGUUUGGAGGUGUUGCAACAGAGUGUUGAAAUGCUGCCCACAAAUGCUAAUACUGCGGAGAGGUGUCUUGCUACAGCCAGUUCAGUACGGUCAUUACGAGAAGCUGUUACUCACCUGCAAACGCAGGCAAAAAUAAGCAUUUCCUACUGUAGGAUGAAAGAGGAACACAGUAAUUUAUUAUCCAUCAUGGCGUUGAAGUAUCGAAGAGAUAUCGUCUUCUCUCAAGCAUUAACUACAGCUACAUGUGGGGUCAUAGCUAAACUGCAGCAGUGUAUUAGUCAAAAAGGCUUUGUGCAUCAGUUACGGACUAUUGGCAUGAUUGUACACUUUGAAAGUUUACUCAGUACAUAUGGAGAGGAGAUGGGAAUGCUGGAAGAUAUGACAGUUGGCAUCAGUGACUUAAAUAAAGUUACCUAUCGAGUUCGAGAAAUGUCCAAUCCAGAUGCUGAUCCAACACCUAUCGUUACAGGGGAUAGGAGUAAAGUGAUGAUUGAGAUUCCCCUUUCACCUAUAAUGUGUUCUAAACUGCCAGAUGAAGGUGUCAAGGACUUCCAGUUUAAGCUAGUUCCAAUAUUGUUUAGUGUUGGUCUAAAUGAAGAACAGACCCUUGCUGAACUGAUUGGUGACACGUCACUACAAGAGACUACUAACCGUGAUAACAUGCAGAAACUUCAGAAAUUUUACGAUCAAUUCGUGCAAGAGAUUCCUGCAGACGAGAGGCCAAAGUCACAGUCCCCCGUCACACUGGAUAUUUUGGUUAGCAGCCUUGCCCAUCAUGUGCAAUUAAAAUCUCAUAAGAAUAUGGAAAUCUUGCAAAUUAGUAGUGAGUUAACAAGAAGAAUGAAUGGUGUGCGAUUUACAAGCUGUAAGAGUGCCAAGGAUCGUACCGCCAUGUCGGUAACAUUGGAACAGUGCCUCCUGUUGCAAAAGGAACAUAAAAUGGAUCCAAAAAUCUUCACACACCUUCUCGACACAAUGCGAAGGUAA